UCUCCGGUCCUACCUGGCUUCCCCCAGCUCCCCCACCUCCUCGGCACAGCCCGCGGCCAGCCUGCCCCGCAGCCCUCUCUGCCCGGCUCUGCCUCCACCGAUGUGUUUGCUUUUCCAGCGGGGGUGUGCGUGCGAGAGCUGCCGCUGCCUGCCUGCCUGCUCGCUUUCUCCCGCUCCUUUCCCUCCCUUCUCUCUCCCCGUGUGCGUGUUUAAUUUCCCCCCCUCGCCCCUCUCCGGGGUCCCCUCUCGCGCCCGCUGCUCGGCGGCCACUCGCGGCUCCGGCCGCCGCCCCCUCCGCCCCCGGCCCCCGGGCUCCAUUCGGCAGCGUGCGCCGGGCGGCCGGUGCACCCCCCCCGCCGCGCCCCCUCCCCUCUCCCCCCUGCGAUCACUGUCCAUUGGCUUGUCCUGCUCUCUUUUUCAUGUCCAGCCCCUGAUGAGUGUCCAUUGGUGUUGCCUUCGCCUUCCCUCCUCCCCUCUCCCCGGCUUGCCCUGCCCAUGUUUUGUAUGUCUCUGUCCAUCCAGGCUCCUGACGUUCAAGUUCGCAGGGACGUCACGUCCGCACUUGAACUUGCAGCUCAGGGGGGCUUUUGCCAUUUUUUUCAUCUCUCUCUCUCCUUCUCUCUCUCCCUCUCUCUCUCUCCCUCUCCCUCUCUCUCUUUUUUUUCCUUGCACAAAAAAAAAAAAAAAAAAAAAAAAAAAAAAAAAAAAAAAAGCCAUGACUGCUAUCCCACAAUUCAUCUUCCCUGCGCCAUCUUUGUAUUAUUUCUAAUUUAUUUUGGAUGUCAAAAGACAUUGAUGAAGAUAUUUUCUCUGGAGUCUCCUUCCUCUCUAACCCGUCUCUCCCGAUGUGAACCGAGCGACUCACAAGCCACCGAAGCCACCAACCCACCAUGUCGCGCCGCAAGCAAGGCAAACCCCAGCACUUAAGCAAACGGGAAUUUUCACCCGAACCUCUUGAAGCCAUUCUCACUGAUGACGAACCUGAACAUGGCACAUUGGGAGCUCCGGAAGGGGACCACGACCUCCUCACUUGUGGCCAGUGUCAGAUGAACUUUCCGUUGGGGGACAUUCUUAUUUUUAUUGAGCACAAACGGAAACAAUGCAAUGGCAGUCUCUGCCUAGAGAAGGCUGUGGAUAAGCCACCUUCACCCUCACCAAGUGAGCUGAAAAAAGCAUCCAAUCCCGUGGAGGUUGGCAUCCAGGUUACGCCAGAGGAUGACGAUUGUUUAUCAACGUCAUCUAGAGGAAUUUGCCCUAAACAGGAACAUAUAGCAGGUAAAGAUGAGCCCAGCAGCUACACGUGUACGACUUGUAAACAGCCUUUCAACAGCGCCUGGUUCCUCUUGCAGCACGCACAGAACACACACGGCUUACGGAUCUACCUAGAAAGCGAGCACGGCAGCCCCUUGACGCCACGGGUUGGUAUCCCAACAGGACUAGGUGCAGAGUGCCCUUCCCAGCCACCUCUCCACGGGAUUCACAUUGCAGACAAUAACCCUUUUAACCUGCUCAGAAUACCCGGCUCGGUCUCGAGGGAGGCGUCGGGGCUGGGAGAAGGGCGUUUCCCACCCACGCCGCCCCUCUUUAGCCCUCCCCCGAGGCACCAUUUGGAUCCGCAUCGCAUUGAGCGCCUGGGUGCGGAAGAAAUGGCUCUGGCCACCCAUCACCCUAGUGCCUUUGACAGGGUGCUGCGACUGAACCCCAUGGCGAUGGAGCCCCCCGCUAUGGAUUUCUCCCGGAGGCUGCGGGAGCUGGCCGGCAACACCUCCAGCCCACCCUUGUCCCCGAGCCGGCCCAGCCCUAUGCAAAGGUUGCUGCAGCCCUUCCAGCCCGGCAGCAAGCCCCCAUUCCUGGCCACGCCGCCUCUCCCUCCUCUGCAGUCUGCUCCUCCUCCCUCCCAGCCCCCCAUGAAGUCCAAGUCCUGCGAGUUCUGCGGGAAGACCUUCAAGUUUCAGAGCAACCUGGUGGUCCACCGCCGGAGCCACACGGGGGAGAAGCCCUACAAGUGCAACCUCUGCGACCACGCCUGCACGCAGGCCAGCAAGCUGAAGCGCCACAUGAAGACCCACAUGCACAAGUCCUCCCCCAUGACGGUGAAGUCGGACGACGGGCUCUCCACUGCCAGCUCCCCUGAGCCGGGCACCAGCGACCUGGUGGGCAGCGCCAGCAGCGCCCUCAAGUCCGUGGUGGCCAAGUUCAAGAGCGAGAAUGACCCCAACAUGAUCCCUGAGAACGGGGAUGAGGAAGAGGAGGAGGAGGAGGAGGAAGAGGAGGAGGAGGAGGAGGAAGAGGAGGAGGACUUGAACGAGAGCGACAGGCCGGACUAUGGCUUUGGGAUGAGCCUGGAGGCGGCCCGUCACCACGAGAACAACUCGCGGGCUGGCGAGGAGGGCCGGGCGAUGCCGGACGUCAUGCAGGGCAUGGUCUUGAGCUCCAUGCAGCACUUCAGCGAGGCCUUCCACCAGGUCCUGGGGGAGAAACACAAGCGGGGCCACCUCCCCGAGCCCGAGGUGCACAGGGACACUUGCGACGAAGACUCAGUGGCCGGCGAGUCCGACCGCAUCGACGAGGGGGCCGUCAAUGGCCGGGGCUGCUCCCCGGGGGAGUCUGCCUCGGGAGGCCUGUCCAAAAAGCUGCUGCUGGGUAGCCCCAGCUCCCUGAGCCCCUUCUCCAAACGCAUCAAGCUGGAGAAGGAGUUCGACCUGCCGGCCGCCGCCAUGCCCAACACCGAGAACGUUUACUCCCAGUGGCUGGCGGGCUACGCCGCCUCCCGGCAGCUGAAGGACCCCUUCCUCAGCUUCGGCGACUCCCGACAAUCGCCCUUCGCCUCCUCCUCCGAGCACUCCUCGGAGAACGGCAGCCUGCGCUUCUCCACGCCGCCGGGCGAGCUGGACGGAGGGAUCUCAGGCCGCAGCGGCACGGGAAGCGGAGGGAGCACCCCCCAUAUUAGUGGCCCGGGCCCUGGCAGGCCCAGCUCAAAAGAGGGCAGACGCAGCGACACUUGUGAGUACUGUGGGAAGGUCUUCAAGAACUGUAGUAAUCUCACCGUCCACAGACGGAGCCACACGGGCGAGAGGCCGUAUAAGUGUGAGCUUUGCAACUACGCCUGCGCCCAGAGUAGCAAGCUCACCCGGCACAUGAAAACACACGGGCAGGUGGGAAAGGACGUUUACAAAUGCGAGAUUUGUAAGAUGCCUUUUAGCGUGUACAGUACCCUGGAGAAACACAUGAAAAAAUGGCACAGUGAUCGAGUCUUGAAUAACGAGAUAAAAACUGAAUAGAGGUAUAUUCGUACCCCCCCACCCCCAUCCACACCGCCCCACCCCACCCCACCCCCACCCCGCAUCCCUGUAGAGAUUUUCUAGUCCCUUGUGAUGGAAGUCAUGGAAGCUAAGGAUAUUUGGAAAGUGCUUGUCACCAGCACACCCUGUUUAUUUUCUUUUUGUUCUCACCGUUUGAAUGCAUGAUCUGUAUCGGGGCAAUACUAUUGCAUUUUACGCAAACUUUGAGCCUUUCUCUUGUGCAAUAAUUUACAUGUUGUGUAUGUUGGGGUUUUUUUUUUUUUUUGGGUUGUUCUUUUUUUAUUUUGGUUGGUUUUAUUUUUUUAAUUUCUUUUUUAAAAUUUUUGGAUUAGACAGCAUGUAUGGUAUGUUAUGGCUGUUUUUAAAUUUUUAAAUUGUCCCUGAUUAGUUGCUGAGCAAACACGUCGCUGUUUCCAAUUCCGUUCGGGAAAAAAAAAAAAAAAGGAAAAGAAAAAAAAAGAGGAAAAAAGAGGAGAUGAGGAGGAGGAGGAGGAAAAAAAAUAAAAAAAAAAAGAAAAGUGAAACAAAACCAAACCCGAGAGCAAACAAAACCGACCAUGCUGCAUACAUCCUGUAAUACAUAUCAUGUACAGUUUUGUUUUGUGACGUGCAAAGGAAAGCUCGCUGUGGGUGACCCUCUGCGGACAGGACCGAUAGCACCGAAGAAGCGUUGUGUUAGCCUAGAUCGCUGUCUUAAACCAGUAAACCCACGAUUGGAGACAGAGUUCCCCUUGGGAACACUAAAACAGGCCUUUAAUUGGGAGUAACUGAUCACCACCAGUCAGGAAGAGGUAGAUUUCUCUUAGCAUUUGAUUUCAAACACAGCCACCCACAGAAAUAAUAAUAAUGAUAAUAAUAAUAAUAAUAAUAAUGAUAAGUAACCGAGUGCCUUGGGUCUGUCACGGCCGAUGCCGAUGGCUCCUUUCUGCUCGUCCUCCACGCUGGGAGCCGCCCCGUGCCCCUCGCAACGCCGGCCACCUAGGAACGAAGAGGGAAGAGGAAACUAAGGAAGAGAAAGAGAUGACCCGCUCAGUCCUAGUUAAUCAUCAUUCUCCUCUGCCUUUUAUUGUUAUUAUUAAUUAUUAUUAUUACUAUUUUUUUUUAAACUGAUCAUACCAGUCUAAAAACCUGCUUGGCUCGUGGAGAGAGCUUAAAAAAAGAUGUAGAGCCUUCCCCCCAUCUGCCCUGCCCCAAACUUUUAUUCCCCCUCCCCAUCAAUGAUUAAAUAGAAUGUGAAACGUGCAGAGGCCCUUCAACACCAUUAAACACACAAUAAAGGAAAUCCGUUUUAUGAAGAUAUUUACUUUUAAUAAUAUCUUUUAUUGAUUCUGGCACCAAAACAAAUAAAUCCGGAGCCACUUGGUUGUCAAGCUGACAAUCAAAUUAUAAACUUUAAGACCUCGUGUAUACCGUAUAAAAAAUAAAAUAAAGACUGGCAAUAAUAUUUUACCGAGUGUAACAGAUAGAGGAGCAAAGAAAUAAAUAAAUUGUGAUUUAUUAGCACAAUGUGGUACUGUUUGCCAUUUAAAACUAGAACAGGUGUAUAAGCUAAUAUCGACACAGUGGUGAUUAACUAUGAACUCUUAUAAGACUUGCCUUUAAUGUGAUGCUUUGGAAGAAGCAACAGGAAAUUAAAAAAAAAAAAGGAAGAAAAAAAAGAAAAAGAGUAGCAGUAUCUGUUUGUGCUCCCUAAAAGUU